AGAAGAGUUUUAUCUUUGGUGGAUUGAGUUUAAAAUAUAUAAAUAAGUUGUGAACAUCAAAUGAAAUAUGUCUUGAUAAAUCAUAAUAUAUCAUGCUAACAAUAUAAUAACAAAAAUAUAGUAACAUUAAGAACCAUAACAAAAGAAGAUAAAAUGUUUUUAAAUUAAAUAACAAGAAACUAAAAGUACAGUUAAUUAUCAUGAGUUAUCUCAGAUAACCUGUGCCUUUCUCAUUCCGUUUCUGGGGCCUAAGGUAUCCUAGGCAUCCGUGUCUCCCUUUUCUUUUGUCAUUAUCUAUGCUCUGUGUGUCUCUAUGAAUUGGAGGUCCCACUCAGAAAAUCCAUCAUCUCAUCGAUAAAUCUUUCUUUUUCCCUUUCCAUGCUCAUAAAAUUUUCUAAUAUUUACUGUAUCAAUAAUUAAUUUUGAUAUAAACAGCAUAGUUUACCAAGUCAUAGAAUCACAAACACCAACCGGUUCAAUAGUUAAAACGUAAUACACCAUUUUCUAUCGCUUUUUUUUCUUGUCCCGUUGUGUUUUUCUUUUCCUUUUCUUCUUUUCCUUUUGUUCUCUCACAAAAAGAAAGUUUCUCCGAACGAAAACGUUGACUCCUUGCUUAUCCUCAUCCCAUUAACUACUUGCAAGUAUAGCAACCUAACUCCCCUUCUUCCACCAACUUUCCCUUUGAACAUUUUCAAUCAUAAAUUCUCCAUCUCAUACACAAUUCACUCCUUAAUUUCCCUUCCAUAAUUCCCCACACACCCUGUUAAUUAACCCACCAACCUUCCAUUUCCCGAGAAAAUUCCCGGAGAAAACUUCAUUCUGUGGUUUCUCCGUUAACCUUCCCAGAAAGUCGAGAGCGAACUUUCCCGGAAAUGGAAGGUCGCCGGAGGAUAACGCUUUACGAACAAAUGACAGCUAGCAACGGCAAUACCAACAGCGGCAGCAGCAGCCGAGACUCACUAGCGAGCCUCAUGCUCGAAGAUGUUGUAUUUAAGAAGGCCGAAGCCGACGCCGAAGCGAGCCGUGACCUCAGCCGAAGCCGGACUCUCCAAGACAUCAUUCGCGAAGAGAAGCCUAACGGAGACGCGAAGGAUCGCAACUCCUGGAAAGCCUUCAAGGAGAAGCUUCGGCUCAAGCGCGCUAUCGGCUUGGCUUGGUCCUCCGCCACUACUCACAGUAAUAACAGCAAUAAUAACGACAAUGAAGACGGAAGUUUACCUCAAACUCGCCUCCUCUCGGACGACGCGGCGACUCAGCAGAACGACGUCAUUGUGGAGGACGCAAACGAUUCAGAUCCGAUCGCGCGGUUCGGAUCUCCGACGGCCAACACGGCGGCCGGCGGCGAUUCCUCCGACGGGGAGAACAACCAGGAGGCGGCGGUUGGCGUGUCGCUGAUGGAUUUGUUGGAGGAAGCGGAGCAGGAAAUGGAUUUGUACAGAGUGAGCGAUGAUGAUGUGGUGGCGGAUUUUGAGAAGAGGGAUGAAGAUGAAGCGGAAGACGAAGAAAAAGAAGGUUUGGUGGAGUAUAACUGCUGCGUCUGCAUGGUGCGCCAUAAAGGCGCGGCGUUUAUCCCGUGCGGACACACCUUCUGCAGAAUGUGUUGCAGAGAGAUUUGGGCCAGCAGAGGGAAUUGCCCUCUCUGCAAUAAUUUAAUUUUAGAAAUUCUUGAUAUUUUCUAACAGCCAACAAUUUUAUUUUUCUUUAUUCAAACAGAUUACUAUUACAUGGUUACAAAUUAUGUGAUUCUAAGUAAUUUAAUUUUCAA